AUGUCAAUCAAAGCUCUUGAUGGGAAUAUAGUCAAAAGACUGACCACCACGCAAGUAAUUACGUCUGUGUUUAGUGCUGUCAAAGAACUUGUUGAAAAUUCUCUGGAUGCUGGCGCUAAAAAUAUUGAAGUUGUUCUUAAAAAUAAAGGAUUGUCAGUGAUUGAAGUUAAAGAUAAUGGGAGUGGAAUAUCAGCUGAAAGUGCAAAUUUAAUGGGAUUACAGGGUUAUACGUCUAAACUGACAAAUUUUAAUGAUCUAGAGUCAUUAACAACCUAUGGAUUUCGUGGAGAAGCACUUAGUUCACUUUGUAAAGUCUCUAAAGUCCAGGUAAUAACACGGACAGUUGAAGAUAAUGUUGGUAGAUGCUAUACUAUGGAUCACAAUGGAACAGUCACUGCUGUUCAACAUUGUCAUCGUACUUUAGGUACAACAGUGAGAGCAGAAAAUUUAUUUUACAACAUCCCAGUACGCAGACAAGUAAUAACCGACUCAAAAACAGCCAACAAAGACAUCAAAACCACUAAAAAAUGGUUGCAAAGUUACGGAAUCUGUCGUCCGGAAGUCUCAAUAAGUUUUAUAGUAGACUCCAAGAAUCUUUUUUUAAAACAUGCGAAGCCAAACUACAGAGACUGUUUAAUAGAAAUAUUCGGCAGAAAAUUAGUUACAAGCUGCGAGUUCAUCACUCACCAAGAUAAUAAAAUAAACAUCGUACUGACGGUCCCCAGGAAGGACUUAUCAGAUCUACAUGAAGUCUGCAGUGCAGAAAACUCUCAUAUAUUCGUAAACAAACGCCCUGUUUAUUUUGACGAAUUCGAAAAAGCGAUUGGCAAGAUAAUCGGCGAGUAUUUCAAAGAUAAAUUAGGUAAGAGCAAGCUGUGUUUUUUUCUGCGCAUCGACGUAUCUCCAUCUGAGAUAGACGUCAAUCUCGAGCCGAACAAAGUCAAAAUUUUAAUGAUCAACCAGUCGAGUGUCUUGGAGCUGAUCAAGAAGCUCCUGGUUGAAUAUUAUGGUCUUGAAGAAGAAACUGAUGAGCAAGCUGGAUUGACUAAUUCAGAAACUAUCUCUUCGCCGGCUUAUUUUGACUCUACUUUUAAUGACAGUGAAACUGAGGAAGAAAUGAGUAAUAAAAAAAGGAAGUUGACAAAAAAAAACUCUAGGAGUUCGCUGAAGAAGAGUAAGAUGAACGAUGAUGAUAAAGAAAAUGUUUCGAGAGAAUUUAUGGAACCGAUUGAAGAUACUAUUAAAGAAAAAGAUACUUUUAAAGAAAAAGAGAAAGAUUUUGGAAAUGAAAGCGAAAUUAUUGAAGACGUUUUGAGUCAGGUACCAGUGGUUGAUCUUGGAGAAGAUUUUUGUACGCAAGAGAUUAUUGAUAAGCCAACUUUGACUAUAGAAGAAAUGGAAUUGUUGGAGAAAAAAAUGCAGAGUGGGAUUUUAACUUUUGAUGAAGAUAAUGUUUCAAGCAGUACGCCAGAUUUAAUUAAUGAUGCUCCAGCUAGGUCUGAUGCACCUAGUGGAGGAACAAAUGUGGUAAUUGGUAGACCGAGUCCGGGGAGUCAAAAAAUCAAAUCAGAAGCAGAAAGUGGUUUUCAAAUCUUCUGUCGAACUAAUCACUCGCAAAUGUCCAAUAAAAGUCCAGGAAUGAAUCCAGUUGAUUCUGCCGCUAAGUUGGCGGAAAAAUGGAGACAGCUGAGUCCAGCAGAACGUCAACAUUACCGGGAACUGGGUCGCAAUACUCAUUUUCCCCUAGAUACUAGUUUUAGUAACCGAAGUCAGAAGAAAAAGCUUUCAAAAGCUCCUGAGAAGGAUAAUAGGCUCAUGAAGAUGCUGAAGCAGCAGCUUGAGAAUAGAAAGCUUGCGAAAGUUGAAGAAAAUGAGAGUAAAAAUGAAAAUGAAAAUGAAAUUGAGAAUGAAAAUAGUACAGGUGAAAAAAACAAUAUUGCUACAGUAGUGCCUUUAAAUAUAAAUAUGGAUGAUAUAAAGGAUGCUCAAGAGGGGAAGGGUAAAGUGAGUCUUGAAAAGUAUCGUAUUAUUGGAAAAUUGAAUGAAGUUUGUUUCGCAACUACGAAUACCCAAAUUUGGGGAUUUAAGUUAGAGUACUUGUUUGAUGAUUUGGAGUUGGAUGAAGUGCAGCGUCAAAUUGCCGAGAGAGAUACCAGGAAGAUUGAAAAAUAUUUUAAUCAAUGGAUUGAUGAAAAAGAAGAUUUGAGAAUUUUACACCGUAUUUAUGAUUUAAGAAAAUUAGAUCCUUCGUAA